GAGACAGAGACAGAGAGACAGAGACAGAGACAGAGACAGAGACAGAGAGCAGGUGAAACGACAGGAUGAUCCGUCUGUUGCUGAUCUGCUUCGUCUCCUGCGUCGUCCUCGGCGAACAAACAGAGAAGAAGAGCGGAGUGAUUGAGGAAGAGCCGCUCUCUCACCUCGAGCAGCAACACGACCAAAGCCACGAGCACGAGCACGAGCACGAGCACGAGCACGAGCACGAGCACGAAGUUCUUCUGGAACAAGAUGGAGCGAGAAGCUUCAACCAGCUCCAACCAGAGGAGAGCAUCGCUCAGCUCGGAAUCCUCGUGGACAGAAUCGACAUCAACAAAGACGAUUUCAUCUCCGAGGACGAACUGAAGAUCUGGAUCCAAAACGUUCAGAGGAACUACACGAAUGAACAAGUGGAGGAUCGGUGGAAAGAUUUCGACGUGGACGAGGACGGACUGAUCAGCUGGGACGAGUAUAAGAACGUCUCGUAUGGCAGCUACAUGGACGACCCUCUCAUGCGAGAAGAUCUCAACAUCCCCCAGAUGCUGCAGGAGGAGCGCCGCUUCAGAGCCGCCGACACAGACGGAGAUCUGAAGGCUGACAAACACGAGUUCAAUGCUUUUCUUCAUCCUGAAAACUUCGAUCACAUGAAGGACGUCGUGGUUCAGGAAACGAUAGAAGACUUUGACAAGAACGGAGACGGUUUCAUCGACCUGAACGAGUUCAUCGAUGAACUGUACCCUCCAGGAAAAGAUGAAAACACUCCAGAUUUUAUGGAAAAGGAACGUCAAGACUUCUUAGAGGUCAAAGACAAAAACAAAGACGGGAAACUGGACAAACAGGAACUGAUGGAGUUGAUUUUUCCGGCCGACUCUGAAGCCAACUCUGAAGCCAAAAACCUUCUGAAGGAGUCCGACACCAACAAGGACGGAAAACUGACCAAGACGGAGAUUCUGGACAAACACGAGAUGUUUGUUGGAAGUCAGGUGACGAACUACGGAGAAGCUGUAGUGCCACACGACGAGCUGUAGAUCUGUGGAUGAUUUUCAGAUUAAAUAAACACGAUUUUACUGUUAA